AUGUCUAAAUUGAACAACGAUAUUUUUUGCUUGAUAUUCGAAGAAUUACGAGAUGAUGAAAAGACUCUUUAUUCAUGUCUUUCGAUUAAUAAAGAAUUUUGUGAAAUAAUUAUUCCAAUUUUAUGGAAAAAUCCAUGGAAAUUCUUAAAGAAAGGGAAAGAGAGAUUAUUAUUAAACGUAAUAAUUUCACAUUUAUCAAAAGAAUCAAAAAAUAAUUUAAAUCAAAAUAAUAUAUUUAUAAAUUCAUAUCAAAGACCUUUAUUUAAUUAUAUUAAUUUUUGUAAACAUUUAAAUUUAAGUGGAAUUCAAAAUAUAAUUUAUAAUAUUUAUGAAGAAUCUAAAAUUAAAAUUAUUGAAAAUGAAAUUAUCAAACUUUUUGUUAAUGAAAAUACAAAAUUUACACAUCUUUAUUUACCUUAUCAAGUAAAUUUUCAAAUACAUCUUAUUCCUGGAGCUGAAAGUUGUCUAUCAGAAAUUAAAUUCCUUAGAUGUAACGCUAGUGUAGAAAAUUAUAUUUUAGAUGGAUUAACAGAAAUAUGCAAAUCAAUUAAAGAAUUGGAAGUACUUUUUGAAAAAAAUAAUAAUUAUGGGAUUGUUAAUUUAAUUAAAAAUCAGAAAAAUUUAUUUAAUGUUUGUUUAUUUGAUUUUUAUAAACGACAUGAAUCUUUUAAUAAUAUUAUAGAAAAUUCUUUAAUUAAACAUGCGAAUACCAUGCAAUAUUUUAAGAUAACUAAACCACCUGUCAUAAAUCUUCUUUCAUCUUUUGUUAAUUUAAGAGUAUUAGAAUUGGAAUUAAAUGGUGAUUAUAGGGAUUAUAAUUAUUUAAAGAAUGUGACCUUACCUUUCUUACAAGUUUUAAAAACUAGAUUUGUUCCAACCAGUAUUCUAAUAAGUUUAAUUGAAAAUACGAGUGGAAGUCUUAUUGAUAUAAGUAUGAAAUCGAGUACGAGUAAUAAUGUAACUAAUAAUAAAAAAAUUAUUCAAACUAUUUAUCAAAAAUGUCAAAAUCUUAUGUAUCUUAAACUAGUAUUAAGAAAUAGUAGUAUUUCAGAAUUAGAAGAAUUAUUAAUUAGAUGUCAAUAUUUGGAUGAAUUAUACCUUUUUGAUUAUGAUGGGAUUGAUUUGAAUAAUUUAUUUAGAAUAUUAACAAGAUCAUCACCAACUAAUUUAUUUAAAUUUAAAUUUUCUUUUUCUCAAAUUGAUUUGGAUUCUUUGGAACUGUUUUUUGAAAAUUGGAAAGGUAGACAUCCUAUGAUAUUACAAUUUGUGCGUCAAACGGAAGAUAUAGAAGUUUUGAUAGAAAAAUAUAAAUCAGAAGGAGUAAUUAAAAAUUACAAUAGUGAUUUGGUGUUGUAA